AUGCCAUCGAUAUCUCACCGGGAAUUUAUACAUUCAAGAUUUGAAAUUGUUUGGGACUUGUUGGUAGAUACUAUUGAACAUCCUGACAAAUAUUUAUCAAAUGUUAAAAGUGUUAACAUCAGUGAACGACAUAAUGAAGAGUUUAUUCGAGAAAUAAUUUUUGAAAAUGAUGAACAUUUGAAAGAAUUUAUUGUACAAGAUAAAGUUCAUGGAGCAAUUAUCUGUCAGCUGAAAGAUCAUUUAAAAUAUAAUGGUGAUACCGUGAUCAGUUUACGCUCAACAAAUAAUGUUUAUGAAAAUGAAUUAGAUUAUAAAUUGCAAUGGUUAUCGAAAGAUCCGUCAACUAUCGAAGACACGCAAGAAGAAACAGCAGCACUUCGACAACAACUUGAAUCAGCUGCCUUUGAAAUUAAAGCCACAGCCGAAAAUCUUCAAGACAGACGUGGAAGUCGAGAAAAUAUUCUCUAA